CUCAUGACAAUUUUCUUCAUGUCUACAAAUCUGAUAGAUUCAGCAGUUAAACAAUUCAACUCCUCUCUAUCAAAACAAGAAAUAAUUGUUAGCCGUAAAAGCUCAGGAAAAUUAUAAUGAAAAUGAAUGGACCUAUUAUCCUUCUUAAAGAAGGAACUGAAAACAGUCAGGGCAAGCAGCAAAUUAUUAGCAAUAUCAAUGCCUGCCAAGUGGUAUCUGAAGCUGUACGUACCACACUGGGGCCCCGUGGAAUGGACAAACUCAUUGUUGGUGGUAAAGGAAAAACUAUAAUUUCAAAUGACGGCGCUACUAUUUUGAAAGAAUUGAAUGUUGUACAUCCUGCGGCUCGUACUUUAGUGGACAUAGCAAAAGCUCAAGAUGCUGAGGUUGGUGAUGGAACUACUACUGUUACAUUGUUAGCUGCUGAAAUCCUCAAACAAUGCAAACCAUUGAUUGAAGAUGGUAUUCAUCCUCAGAUUAUGAUAAGAAGUCUUCGUACUGCAUUAAAAAUGGCUGUUGCAAAAAUGAAUGAAAUAGCAGUAAAAGUCGAAAAGGGUGAUCCACAAAAACAAAGAGCUCUUCUAGAAAAAUGUGCCAUGACCACAUUAAGCUCUAAAUUAGUUGCCUCACAAAAAGAGUUUUUUGCAAGAAUUGUUGUUGAUGCUGUCAUGCAGCUUGAUGAACUUCUUCCUCUGAAUAUGAUUGGAAUAAAAAAAAUUCAAGGUGGAGCUAUGGAGGAUUCUAUGUUAAUAUCUGGUGUAGCCUUCAAGAAGACAUUCUCUUAUGCUGGAUUUGAAAUGCAACCUAAAAAAUACUUGAAUCCAAAAAUUGUUCUCUUAAAUGUAGAACUGGAAUUGAAGUCUGAAAAAGAAAAUGCUGAAAUAAGGGUGGAGAGUGUGCAGGAAUAUCAAAAUGUUGUUGAUGCGGAGUGGGAGAUCUUGUACAGAAAACUGCAGAAAAUUCAUGAAAGUGGUGCAAAAGUUGUUCUUUCCAAACUGCCAAUUGGAGAUGUAGCUACUCAAUAUUUUGCUGAUAGGGAUAUGUUUUGUGCUGGUCGUGUUCCUGAAGAUGAUUUGAAAAGAACCAUGAAAGCUUGUGGUGGAGCUGUUCUGUCCACAUGUUACGAUAUAACUGACAGUGCCUUGGGAACUUGUGAAGUUUUUGAAGAGAAACAAAUUGGAGGUGAAAGGUUUAAUUUGUUUACUGGCUGUCCCAAUACAAAAACUGUUACUUUAAUUCUGAGAGGUGGAGCUGAACAGUUUAUUGAAGAAUGUGAGAGAUCACUUCAUGAUGCUAUUAUGAUAGUUAGGAGAGCUCUUAAAAAUGACUUAGUUGUUGCAGGGGGUGGAGCAAUAGAAAUGGAACUUUCCAAAUUUUUGCGUGAUUAUUCAAGAACUAUCAAAGGAAAGGAGCAGCUAAUUAUAGGAACUAUGGCCAAAGCUUUAGAAGUUAUUCCAAGACAACUUAGUGACAAUGCGGGGUUUGAUUCCACAAAUAUUUUGAAUAUGCUUCGUCAGAAACAUGCUACUGGUGGUUUGUGGUACGGUGUUGAUAUUCAUAAUGAAGAUAUAGCUGACAAUUUUGAAGCUUGUGUUUGGGAACCAGCUGUUGUGAAAAUUAAUGCCUUAACAGCAGCUACUGAAGCUGCUUGUCUUAUUAUUUCUUUAGAUGAAACCAUUAAAAAUCCAAAAUCUAAUGUUACUCCACCAGGUCCCCUUCCAGGCAGGGGAAGAGGACGACCAUUCUAAACCCAGUGCUAAUGAUUUUUUUU